UGAGGCGGGCAGAAGAUGGCGGCGUCCCGCCGAGCCCGCGUGGUCGUGUCGCUUCUCCUCCUCCUGCUCUGUGUCUGCGAUCUGCUGCUCCCCGCCGCCUCCAACGCCGCCCCCGGGGACCCGAGCGCCGCCCCGGCCCCGGCCCCGGCCCCGGCCCCGAAGUCGCCGCGGGCCCCCAAGAAGAAAGACAUCCGCGACUACAACGAUGCCGACAUGGCGCGCCUCCUGGAGCAGUGGGAGAAAGAUGAUGACAUAGAAGAGGGUGACCUUCCUGAACAUAAAAGACCAUCAGCACCAAUAGACUUCUCCCAGAUCGAUCCAGGGAAACCUGAGAGUAUAUUAAAAAUGACCAAAAAAGGGAAAACCCUUAUGAUGUUUGCAACCGUGUCAGGAAACCCCACAGAAAAGGAGACUGAAGAGAUAACUAGCUUAUGGCAGGGAAGUCUCUUCAAUGCCAACUACGACGUGCAAAGGUUCAUCGUGGGGGCCGAUCGGGCCAUCUUCAUGCUGCGGGAUGGGAGCUACGCAUGGGAGAUCAAAGACUUCCUGGUCAAUCAGGAUCGUUGUGCGGAUGUCACCCUGGAGGGCCAGGUGUACCCUGGGAAAGGGGGAGGAAACAAGGACAGAAACCAAAUCAAGCCAGAGAAAAAGAAGAAGGAGGGAGGCCCCAAGUCUAAGUCUUCCAAGGAAAGCAACAGUGCUGCCAGACAGCGAGAAGACCUAUGACACAAGCCUGAGGAAGGAACUGGACUUUGUGAAAUGUAGAAAUGGUUUCCAUGCCCAACUAGAUGGAUGUCCCAGUUUGAGCCAGUUUGGGACGUAUGUGUGGGCGUGCGCACGCAUGUGUCUGUGUUUUGAAGUCUCCGAACUCACACCAGCGUCCAGUUAUUCCUCUAGGGUACUCGGUGGGGGUCCACAAAAGUUAAUGUUUCCUCCCAGGUGACUUAAAAUUGUUACUCUUUUACGUGGCUUUGACCUAUUCCGUUCAAGAUUAAAAUGGCCACUCUUUGA